AUGGCAAAAUUCGACAAAAAUGCCACCUCAGACGACGGCACAAAGCUGGAACAGCUAAUUUGCAAGCGUAAUAAGCUUAUAACAGAGCUGUACUGUGUGUCCAGGAUACAGGAUUUCCUGCAUAUCACAGACGAACAACGACUAACGUCACAGAUCAACGACUUUUUGGAAAUUCAUGAUAUACGCAAAGGCUAUCAUUUCGAUAUUAAUACGCUUCCAAGAUUUGCUCAAGUUGAGCCACCAUCGGAGAAAAAGCCCAUCAAGAGCAAAAGCAGCACCCCAGUUGACAACUCGAAGCGAGAUAAAGAGAAUACAAAGCAUGAGAAAGAGGAUAACAAGAGGCACAUUGACAACGACAAAGAUAUUUUAAAAGACCCGCGAAGUGAACCUGUACGAGACGUCCAUAGCAAGAAUAAGAUUGUACAGCUAUCACCCGCAAAGGAUGAUGGCAUAGAGGCCGAAUUACAGAACCUAGGCCAAAGCGACACUGAAGAUGAUCAGCUAAAAGCGGGCAAAAAAAGACCCAGAGAUGAAGAGACUCCACAAACAUCUGACUCACACAACACUAUGGCAGACUCACGACAUAUGAGUCCCGUCCUCGACUCUGCAGGCACUUAUAAUGGUAUCAAGCGUCAACGAACAAGCCAACCGCCUCGGGAGACUAAGAGAGAGAGCGCACCCGACAUUAAGCACACAAACUACUUAAUUAGAGAGUUGAAAGAAGUUCCGUCUGAAGCCAAAGUACUCUUUCAUAAAGAAAAUAUCAAUGCUAAGGAGAGCAUUUACCUAGUCAUGAAUGAAAAAAUCCCUUCCAUGAUUCCACAAGCUAUUCCAUUGUCGGAGCUGAAGUUUAACUCACAGACUCUGCCCUUAAUAAAGCUGAUUCCUACUGCACACAAGGUUCUCACCUCAGAAAUUAUGAAUAUGGCUUUGAACGAAUGUCGCAUCGCCGUAGUAAGCUCCAGAAUCGAGGAGCUGCGGAGGUUAGGGUUGUGGUCGCUAAGGCAGCCCAAAAAAUUUAUAGACCCAUGGAAUCAUCUUAGAGGCACGCAAACACAUCGCGGCAAGCUUUUAGAGGAAGCUAAGUGGAUGUUUUAUGACUUUGACGAAUCCAAAAAAUAUAAAAGAGCAGUUUGUUUGACCAUCGCGCAGGCCGUCAUGGACUUUUGGAAUUAUGGUAGCAUUUGUUGUUUGAAAAGGGCUUCAAUUAAACAUCUCGACCCGAAACAAGAACAAACAGGAGAUGACCUAAUAGUGAAGGAGACAAACUUUGAGGUUGAAGCUUCACCGCAGGACCGAGAAGCACAAACUACCUCUACUUCUAUCGGAGAACCCAAUGGGAAAAAUGCGAUUGACGUCGAACUGCUUCUCCAGCGGCCGGAUCCGAAUUUCGAAAUCGGUGCUUUGAAUGUACCUGAUACAGACGGUAGCGGUUACGAUGAAUAUAAGAAUAGCAUGCCUACUCCAUUCAAGCUACACGUUUCCUUUGAUGAGCUUGAUUCUGUCGAGAGAAAAAUUUUGAGCGAUGCUCCUGUAUAUUCAAAACUCUCUUGUGACGAUGAUGAUAAUAAUAAGGAUCCUCCAAAUGUUGAUGUACUGUUCGAACCAAUUUCAAAAGCGAUCGUCUUGUUAGAUGAUGAUAACUAUUUGAAGAUUAUUGAACGGCAGAUAAUGGAUGAGGAGCCCUCAUUAGUGCCAUUUAGCAAAAGACGAGGGAUGUUUUAUGGUAAUAGGCGAAGUCACUAUCUGCGCCCUCCGAUAGCUCCAUCGCUGAGGUACCUUAGGUGCAGGACUCCAACAAUUUGGUUGCCUCAAGAUGAUCAAGAUCUGGUUAGAAACAUCAACACAUACGCCUAUAAUUGGGAGCUGAUAAGCGCACACAUGUCAUCGCGCCCAACAAGGUCGUACUGCUCUAACAUUGAAAGGCGUACCCCCUGGCAAUGUUUCGAGAGGUUCAUUCAGCUCAAUGAAAGAUUUCAAUUCAUUGACAUGAAAGGACCUCGCGCUCACAAUGCACAACUUUGGCUGAUAGAAGCGCAUAAAUUACAGCAGCAACAGAAGCGAAGAAUUUCGCCACUGGGUGUUGGCGAGGAAUCGAUUCAAAGGGGGCACAAGAGGUUAAGAUGGGCAAGUAUGUUCGAGGCUAUGAGAAAGUGUAUCAAAAAACGAGAAAACGCACCUAGGCCCAACCCGACUCAACCGAGAAAACCACUUGACUGUAAGAAUACGACGGUUCCAACCCCGGCGGAAAUGUCGCAAUUGAAGGCUCAGCGCGAUGACGCUCUUCGAAGAGACAUUCAAAUGAGAAGAAUCGCGAAGCAAAAGCUACAAGCUGCUGCGAUGAAUCAAAAACCUUCACCCAACAGCCCUGGAAAGCCUUCUGCCCAAAAUGCACUUUCUUCUGGACAACAUCGGAUUUCAAGUAAUGGCAGUGGCCAGAGUCGUGGCAUUUCCGCAGACAGCAAUGUGAGAGUUACCACACAAACACCGAAAACAUCGCAUAUGAAGCAGAUUCCGAAGACGACUGAUACCCAAUAUAGAGCUAUGAUGGCCAAACAACAGCAUCAACAGAGAAUGUCGCCUACCCACAGCGAGAGACUCGACAGCGAACCUACGAGUGACAAGCUUCUCUCUCCAACGCCUCAGGAAAUUUUACAGAAGAUACAGCAUGGAAAAUAA